GGAAGCUGACUAAUUUAAAAAUCAAACCUGUCCUGUGCAAUCAACCCACGAAUCAAUCACGCUCAACACUUCCUGGCUGGAACCGGACCGGGGACUAUAAAAGAGAAGCUCGCGAGGCCUCCGGCUCCUCCACCUCCAACUGCCCGGUCGACCGUUCACUGAACUCGGUGAGGAAAUUGGCGUCUUUGCCGAUGUUUCGCUCGUCCGGUCUCUUCGCGGAUCUGCAGUGUCCCUCCCCGGGGGUCGGGCUCUGCGAGCGGCCUCACUGUUUCUACAAACAUGGCUCUAAGCAGCGGGACGUGUCCGCCGCCUCCUCCCAGCCCUCAGCGGUCCCCCCAGCAGAAGUCCAGAAUUGCUACCUGUCACUUGUUUGUGGAUCACCAGUGAGCGAUGAGACCACACAAGAGAGUCUCCAAGAGCUGGAGCAGAUCAACAAGAAGAUCGAAGCUGUGAGGCACGAGGUGGAGCAGGAGAAAAGACGACUGUCACGCUACCAGACCGUACAGUCAGACAGCAGAAACACUUUGCCUAAUUUCUCUGUGUCCAAGUCUGAGACUUCAGGUAAAUGUCAAGACAGACGUUCUCUGUUGUCCCACCCUGACUUAAAAAAGACAUACUCUCGGACAAGGAAGUAUGUGGUUGACAACUCAAAACCAAGGACUGACUUGGAGUAUGACCCCCUGUCCAACUUUUCAGCAGACUUGCGGUCUUACAGCUCGUCAAGUAAGGAGCAGAAAGUGAAAAAUGCACAAGUUAUUAACGGAGAGAGAGACACUGUGCUGUCUGACCAAAAGAAGCCAGUCACUCAGACUUCUCAAACGCCAUCUCCAGAUCUACUCGAGGACUCGAUUGAAGACAGUGUCCUGAUUAUUGACAUUCCUCCCUCGCCUGACCAAAAAAGAGGCCAAUCUCAGAAGCUUGAUUGUGUUGCUGGCAGUACCCAGGGUACAGUAGAACAGCUGAAGGAGGUCAAAAGGGCCCCCUUUGCACUUGAUUCUCCACUGCUGCCCCUUGCAGAUGCUGAGGCUUCACGUGCAUCAAUGGAAGACGUAGUUACAGUUGAUGAUUGCAGUGUUGAAAACAAUCAAUAUACAUCUACUCUUUAUGAGAAAAAAAGAUGUGUAAAUAUACCAGACGAUGGGAGUGUAAUUGACUUAACUGGAUGUUUAGAGGAUCUGGAAAAUGAAUGUCUGAAAAUCUCUUGUCAGGCUGCUGAAACAAAAGUUGACAAUACUCCUGAACAUGUUAGUCCCCCUGCCUCCUCAGACCAACAAUAUCAGAGUUGUGACAAUCUGGGCAUUGAAGAGGAGGAAAAUCCACCUCAGGUCGAACUGCCUCUACGUGAGGUUGCUCGUAGUGAUGAGAAAAUGAAUCCACUGCUGUCGCAUUACUGUCAGUCGAAGAAUUCGCCUUCAUAUAAAGCUCAGGCUGCAAGCUCAGGUUCACCAUGCAGGAAACGCACCAUCCAAGCCCAGUCAACAGAGAUGGAUGUUCAUAACCACCUGUCUCCCAAGCGAAGUGCCCCAUCACUGGUGUCAGGAAGCCAGAACAUGUCAAGCACAACACCAGGACAGAUGCAGAGUGGUUCUCUCAACAACCAGGCUUCAUCAACAUCUGUCAACUCACAUUUGAUGAACAAAGGUGAUUCUUCAUCUGAAACCACUGAGCAGCUCAAGGCAGGUCACGAAGAGGUUAUAAUAAUCUCCAGCUCCGAGGAUGAGCAAGAGCUCAACUAUUCAGAUGUAGAGCUGUCAGAGAGUGACCCAAUGGAAGAAUGCUACAGGAUCUUCAUGGAGGCAAAUAAUGAGGAUAAAGGAAAUAAAGAGCAACCUGAUGUGUCUGUUGCAGCAAUGGAAGUGGAGAAGGCAGAAAUGACCACCACACCUCUAACAUUACCAGGAAAGAAGAGGGUGGCACAUGAAGCCAAACAUACAGAGCAGCCAGUGGCAAAGAGCAGACCUCAACCCAAGAUUUUGGUCCCUCUGCGUGAACCAGCAGCUUCAGGAUCUUCCAUCCCUUCAAAGACCCUGCAGGCACAGCAGAGAGCCUCCAAGCUGACUUCUUCAGUAAAAGGUGCUCAGGCUUUUGCUUCCUUCUCAUGUCAGAUGAAACCAGAGAACCAGACUACUGCUUGUCCUCCUCAGACCCUUGCAAACAUACAACCUGCUCCUGUGCAGAAUGCUCACAUGGACUACCUACAUUUGGGACCGCCUGUGAUCCAAGUAGGAAACAACUUGCACUUGAUCCUCCCAGAGGGCACCUUCCCUCUGUCUGUCACUUCAAGUUCCUGCCCUGUUUCUUCAGUGGUGACCCCGGUCAGUCAAGUGCAUAUGAGCACUAUGAAACAAACCUGCCAUAAAGCUGCAGUAACUCCCGUUCAAAGAUACCAUCCAACAGCACCCGUGCUCAUUCCUGCUCCAACACGUAGAACUUCAUUGGCCUCUGCUACAACACAUUCAAAUCCAGCUGCCUCCGCUACAUCUCAGCCCACUGCUGCCACCAAGCCUGUGUCUACUAAACGUAAACUGAAGCAGCAGAGCGGGGCCGCCAAAGACAAAGUGCCCCAUGAUGUCAGACAGCGUUAUGUCAAAAUGUUUACAGAGGAGUUCCUGAAAACGACAGCCAAUGUCAACGAUGCCUUUGAAAAGGCUGUUGCUGAAGAGGAGACUGUGUACAAUCGUAGUGCAAACAAACUCAAAUAUCUGAGUGUCGCUGUGAAUUUACAGAAGAGGCUGAAGAAACAAAGUGCUGUUUCAGUUAAAGACGAAAACAAAGUCAACGGCCAAAGAUCGAAAGGCAACAUACCCCUUAACCUGGAGAUGUUGAAAGCAAAUGAUGAUGCAGUAUUGUACGAGAGUUUGAAGGAUUAUAUUUUGAGUGAGGAGAGGCUGAUUGAGAGGAACUAUCCUCUCCAGCACCCGCAGAAAGCUGGCUCUGCUGCUCUCUUUGCCGACAAUAGGAAAGGCAACACAGACCCCUUGAAGAGGAUCUGCUGUCGAUGUGGGGCCACAUACUCUGUUAGCCAAACGGGCAAACACAUUCGCAAGGAGGAGUGCAACUACCACUAUGGGAAAGUAGUAAAGAGCAGAGUGCCUGGUGGUGUGGAAACCCGCUACAGUUGCUGCCAAGGAGUCAUGGGAGCAACUGGAUGUCAGGUGUUUAAGUUGCAUGUCCAUGAUUCCCUCUGCAUGGAUGGGUUUGUGUCUACCAUGCCUAGACAUCCCAUGGAUACGAGCUGUCCUGGAGUCUACUCCUUGGAUUGUGAAAUGUGUUACACUGUUCAUGGUCUGGAGCUGUCCAGAGUGACGGUGGUCAACUCGAGUUUGCAAGUCAUCUACGACACCUUCGUCAGACCCGAUCACGAGGUCAUUGAUUACAACACAAGAUUUUCCGGCAUCAGUGAGGAAGACGUGAAGGGUAACAACACGUCCGUCAGAGAGGUGCAGGAGACCUUACUGAGCUUCAUUAGUGCUGACUCCAUUCUGAUUGGACACGGCCUGGAAGCAGAUCUCUGUGCCCUGAAGUUGCUCCAUGGGACAGUGGUGGACACAUCGGUGGUUUUCCCCCACCGUCUGGGCCCCCCCCACAAGCUCACCCUCAACAAACUGACAGCUGAAUACCUUCGACGGAUCAUCCAAGAGAGUGGUGGGUCCUCAUGGAUACAGCCACCGCACAAAUGUCUACAAACUAAAACCCAUCUCAAUCCUAAUAAAGACAAAAUCAGUCAUAAUAUAACUUUGAAUCAAACAAAAUAUGUAUGCAGUUCUACUAGAGAGGUUGUUACUGUUGUUUGAAUGAGUUAUAAAUAAUUAUUUACUGUUUCUCCCAGUUUGUGGCCACGACACCGCCGACGACGCUGCUGCCUGCAUGGAGCUCAUGUUAUGGAAGCUCAAAGAAAGUGGAAAACUGAAAAAAUGAUGGAAAUAAAACAAGAAACGAACUCUGCACUGUUCAGACAUGAAAAGACAGUUGCUGCAAUGCAAAUCUGUAUGUGUGAGGUUUCUGUCAUCUCUGGAGGGCUGUGUAUUAAUUUAUUUAGUUUUUUUAGUUUGAUUAUAUCACUUGAUUUAUGUUGGAACACAGUAUCCUGUAUGUCAAAGUGGCAGCUCAUGUGUCUGUGUUGGUAUGAAUAUGUGAUGACGCUGUAGUGUGCCAAAAAAAUGUGAAGCAGUGGGGUCAUUUGUAAUAAUAAUAUAUAAGUGAAGGCACAGAAUCAAAUCCCUUUGUGUGUUUUUUUUGUGUCUAAUCUUUUACCAGCCAAUGAACGUUGAGCCUUAAACGUCAAAUGUGGAAUCAAAAAAUAAAAAGGUGUGGUUAUGCAAAUUCACACACACCUUUGAGCAAUUGCACUAAUUACUGACUAUACACGAGGGAGCAAAAGAGACGUGCUCUUAUUGAGGAAAGUUAAUCUGUGGUAUUUGUCUAUGUAGAUGACUAAGUUUUAUUUUUCUGCUUUUUACCUACUCUAAGUUGUUUGAGAAGUUGUGGAUCCCUGAUCACAAACACAUCCAGGACAUUGUGGGGACACAACAUGCCUCAGACUCAACAGGAAAACCUGAAAACUA